CAAUUUCUCCAAAUUUCUCCCCUCUCUUCAUUUUCCCCUCCAAAGUUUCACUUUUCUCCAAAAUCCCCACAACCCCAAUUAAAAUCAGAUUAGAUUACACAAAUUCCUGUUUUCUGAUCGUCCGGAGGCAAAGUUCCUCAUCAUUAAAUUUUUUAUCUUUUAAUCUUUUUUCUCUCUCUUGAUGGAGAAUUAUCAGAUGUUUUUCCCCUGCUCCGGCGGCGGCGAUGGUGGCGGAGGACUGUCGGCAUAUCAUCACGCCGACAUGUCGUCCAGCGGUGGGUCUGAUAUGUUCGGGAAUUUUCACGGCGGCGAUAUGGAGGUAAGUGGAUUUUUGGGGAUGAAGACAGAGGUGGAUGCGGCGGCGGCGGUGGAAGUAGACGGCGGCGGAAGAAAGAAAGGGGAGAAGAAGGUGAGGAAACCGAGAUAUGCCUUUCAAACAAGAAGCCAAGUUGACAUUCUGGACGAUGGAUAUCGUUGGAGAAAAUAUGGUCAAAAAGCUGUAAAAAACAACAAGUUUCCUAGGAGCUAUUAUAGAUGCACAUAUCAAGGGUGCAAUGUGAAGAAGCAAGUGCAAAGGCUAACAAGAGAUGAAGGGGUGGUGGUGACAACAUAUGAAGGAAUGCACACACACUCCAUUGAUAAGCCAACCGACAACUUUGAACAAAUCUUGAGUAGAAUGCAGAUUUAUAGUACUCCUUUUUGAGAACAUAAUCUUCAAUUUUAUGAAGAAGAAUUGAAGGAGAUCUCAAGAUAUCAAUAUCAAACACAAGCCAAACACAAUCAAAUCACACAUAUUAAUACUUGUGCAUGUGUAAUUUGAAAAAAAGGCUGAUCAUGUUUUCUUUUUUGUACUUCCUUCAUCAGCUUCUGUGUUUUUUCUUUUCCUUGUAGAAAUUAAUAAAAAGUUUGCACAAGCAGAUGAAAUUAAUAUAUCCAUCUUUGUGUUAGAAUAAUUAAUUUA